AUGGAGGACGAAGUAUAUUUAGUAGAUAUUCCGAGUGAUGCAGAAUCUAUUGAUAGCCUGCGUGAUUCAGAAGACGAAAAUGAUCAAUUGACCCGAAAGGCGAAAGAUGCUCCAGAUCAUCCAUUUCUUUUGAAUACUGAUGUAUUACACGAAUCAGAGAGUGAAGAAGAAGAAGUAGAGCAGGUAGAAGAAGAUGGAACAUGGAGUAGACGGAGUGUACCAAGAACAGAUAUUCCAUUCAUUAAAAACUUCGGUCCAAAUAUCCCGACAAGUGCAAAAACUCCAUUAGAUAUUUUCUUUUGCUUAUUUCCACAUACCCUUGUGGAUACAAUAGUGGAACAGACAAAUUUGUAUGCACAACAAAAGAACAGUAAGCAGGAACCAGCGAAAAAAGAAGAACUCCUUGUCUUUUUAGGGAUUAACAUUCUAAUGGUUAAUCGUUUUGGUUUCUAUCUAAGUCAUUUACAUAUAAAUGACAACAAAAAUGAACCCAAGAAAGGAGAAACAAAUUAUGACAAACUGUUCAAAUUGAGACCUCUAAUUGAUACGCUUGGUCAAACGUUCAAAAACUGUUGGAAUCCUGGAAAAUACCAGGCCAUUGACGAAUCAAUGAUAAAAUUCAAAGGGCGCAACAGUAUGAAACAAUUCAUGCCUGCUAAGCCAAUAAAACGUGGCUAUAAGAUGUGGACAAGAGCAGAUGAAUCUGGUUUUGUAAGCGAAUUUCAAAUGUACACUGGGAAAGCUGAAUCAGCAGAGAAACAAUUAGGUGCUCGAGUAGUAAAAGAUCUUACUCGUGAACUUGUUGGCGGAAACCACCAUGUUUACUUUGACAACUUUUUCACGGGCGUUGAUCUUUUAGCUUCUUUGAAAAGGGAUAACAUUUUUGCAUGCGGUACAGUAAGGGCAAAUCGAGCAAAAUUACCAAAGAAUCAACAGUCGAACAAAAAAUUCGAAAAAGUAAAUCGCAGGCAAAAAGAUGGAUCCUUGCUUCCUAUCAAUUGCCCAGUCGUAUCUGCUGAUUACAAUAAGCACAUGGGCUACGUUGAUUAUUCUGAUCGACUGCUAGCAACUUACAAAAUUGAUCGAAAGUCAAAAAGAUGGUGGUUGAGAUUAUUUUGGCACUUUUUAGACCUAGUGGUAGUGAAUUCAUUCAUUAUUUACAAAAAUCAAAAUACUCAGCCUACUUUGACUUUGAAACAAUUUCGAUUGCAGCUAGUAGAACAAUUAGUUGAUCGCAAACUGAGAACAUCGAAAGGUCGAAAACGCAAGCAGCCAGAAGUAAAUACUCACAAACCAAAAGUCUCUCUCACGAAAAGGCACACAGAAUCAGCUCAUAUGCCUGAGCACUCGACUGACUUUAGGCGUUGUGCCCAUUGGAGUACUCGAGAAGCAUCCAAAAGAACUGCUUGGCACAAUAUUAAUCCUGCUGCUUCGAUAGAUGUAGUAGGCGAUGACAACUGCCCCGAAAGGGGAUGUGUAGAAUGA